AUAUGUUAAUAGAUGGUUACUUAGCUUGAGGAGCUUGGUAUUUUGGGAUUUUCUGAUUGAUUUAUUUGGUAGCUGGAAAUGUGUUAAGAAAGGAGACAAGAACAUGGUGGUAUACUUGAUUGUGGUUGAUUCAAUACUUGAAUAAUAUUAUAGACUAGGCUUUAGGAAAAAAAACAAGUUGAUGUGGAUGACAUAAAAUUGUUUGUUUGAAAUAAGAAAUGGAAGACAAUUUAUCCCAAAAAGGAAUGACUCCUGCUGGAAUUUCUUUUGGAUGCCUUGACUUGCAAGGAUCCAUGAGAGUUCAUCAUCCUGCCCAACACUCGCAUAAUAUCCAUCAACAUCAUCACUCUAAUCUUCGUCAAGGCUCUUGUGCCCGUCCUUAUAUUCGUGAGAAUUUUCUACUCACGAUGGGGACCAUGCAAAACUCUGAUCAAGUCAUUUCAAUGACAAAUUACAACAAGAUGGAACGAGGUAAAAGUUCGGUGAGUGAUGUGGAUGAAUCAAGUUUUACAGAAGAAUGUGUUGAUGGUCAUAAUGAUGGAACUAAAGGCAAGAAAGGAUCUCCAUGGCAGCGUGUAAAGUGGACUGAUAAAAUGGUGAGGCUUUUGAUUACAGCAGUGUCUUAUAUCGGAGAGGAUGCGACAGGGGACUGUGGUGGUGGGAUGAGUAGGAAAUUUGCAGUUUUACAGAAGAAGGGUAAAUGGAAAUCAGUUUCGAAAGUCAUGGCUGAGAGAGGUUAUCAUGUUUCUCCUCAACAGUGUGAGGAUAAGUUCAAUGACUUGAAUAAAAGGUAUAAAAAGCUAAAUGAUAUGCUUGGUAGGGGCACUUCUUGUCAAGUUGUUGAGAAUCCAACACUUUUGGAUGUUAUAAAUUACUUAACAGAGAAAGAAAAGGAUGAUGUUAGGAAAAUUUUAAGCUCAAAGCAUCUUUUCUACGAGGAGAUGUGUUCUUAUCACAAUGGGAAUAGAUUGCAUUUGCCUCAUGAUCUACAAUUACAACGUUCCUUGCAAUUGGCUCUCAAAAGUAGAGAUAAUAAUGAUUAUGCUUGGAGGUACCAAAAUGAAGAUCUUGAUGAUGAUGACCAUGACAUGGAAACUAAUGAUCAUGACGAGCUUGAGGAGAAUCAUGCUUCACAUGAGGAUAACAGGGUGAUAUGUGGGGCAUCCGGGAUCUCUACUAAGAGAUCAAGAAAAAGCCAAGUCCUUGAAGAUACUUGUUUCCAGAAUUUUUUGAACUCCCAGCACUGCCACAACAAUUCUUUUUCUUAUCCAUCAUUCGCCCAAGCAAAUGCGAACCGGGCUCUACUUGAUUAUUCAAGAGAUGCUUGGAUGCAGAAGCAGUGGAUUGAGUCUCGCACACUUCAGCUAGAAGAACAGAAACUGCAAAUUCAGUUGGAGCUGCUAGAAUUGGAGAAACAACGUUUCAAGUGGCAUAGAUUUAGUACGAGAAGGGACCGUGAAGUGGAAAAGAUGAGAAUGGAAAAUGAGAGGAUGAAGCUUGAGAAUGAACGAAUGGCACUAGAGUUGAAGCGAAAAGAGUUGUCUGCUGAUUAAAGCCGUGUAUUUUAAACUUUUUUGUUUUCUACAGUUUCGGGCCUUGAUGCAAUAUUAUUUUUGUUGCUG